AUGGCCAAGUCAAUGAGUCUGCUGUGGGGGGCUGGAUCCCCUCCCUGCUGGCGGGUUAUGAUCACCCUGGAGGAAAAGAAGCUGCAGGGCUACAAGCACAAGCUGCUGUCUUUUGAGAAAGGAGAGCACAAAUCCCAGGAAGUCUUGGAAAUCAAUCCAAGGGGACAGCUUCCUGCCUUCAAACAUGGAGACAACAUACUGAACGAGUCCUGUGCAAUAUGUUUAUACCUGGAGAAUCAGUUCAAGUCCCAGGGCAUCAGGCUGAUCCCUGACAGCCCUGCAGAACAAGCACUGAUGUACCAACGCAUGAUGGAGGGCCUCACCUUCACUGAUAAACUCAAUUCAGUCAUCUACUAUGAGUGGUUUGUCCCUGAAGAGGAGAGAUGUGAUUCUGCAGUGAAGAGAAACAGGGAGGCUCUGACCACUGAAUUCAAACUCUGGGAGGGUUACCUGCAGAAGGUGGCUGCAGGCUCGUACCUUGCGGGGGCCUUCUCCCUGGCUGAUGUGAUCGUCUUCCCAAACAUCGCUUAUGCUUUUCGUUUCGGGCUGUCUGUUGGACGUUACCCCAAACUGGCAAAAUAUUACAGCCUGCUGAAGGACAGACCGAGCAUUAAAGCCAGCAGGCCUCCACACUGGGUGGCCAGCCCACAGGGUUAUGACACCCUGAAGGAUCUCUGA